AUUUUUUCAAUUUUCUUUUUACCGUUACCGUGUUUUGUCUGCACUUCCUCGCGCCUUCUUCAACCCCUUCUUCUCUGCUCCUCAAAUCUCGAACAGCAUUGACUUCAAAUUCGCAAGAACACAUUAAAUCCCUAGCAGAUCCAUCACGUUUCUCGGUCAAAUCCUCACAAAAUCUCCCCAGAUCUCCUCGAUUUCAAUCAAAACCCUAAAUCCCUAUGUUAAACCCACACGAAAUCACUAAAAUCCACAAACCCUAGUUAGGAAAAACUUUAAUGAAGGGAGGCACGGGCCAGUGGUUUACGAUCGGGCUCGUGUCAUCAUGGUAUGCAUCGAACAUUGGAGUGCUACUGCUCAACAAAUACUUGCUAAGCAACUAUGGAUUCAAGUACCCGAUCUUCCUCACCAUGUGUCACAUGACUGCUUGUUCUUUGCUCAGUUACAUUGCGAUUGUUUGGAUGAAGAUGGUGCCUUUACAGCAUGUUAGGUCUAGGGCUCAGUUUAUCAAGAUCUCGGUGCUUAGUUUGGUAUUUUGUGCGUCGGUGGUUAGUGGGAACGUGUCUUUGAGGUAUUUGCCGGUUUCAUUUACGCAGGCAGUUGGAGCCACCACUCCUUUUUUCACUGCGGUGUUUGCUUAUAUUAUGACGGUGAAGAGGGAAGCUUGGUUGACUUAUUUGACGCUUGUACCUGUGGUAACCGGUGUUGUCAUUGCCAGUGGGGGGGAACCAAGUUUCCAUUUAUUUGGUUUUAUCAUGUGUAUUGGCGCCACAGCUGCAAGAGCAUUAAAGUCAGUUCUUCAAGGGAUAUUGCUGUCCUCUGAAGGGGAAAAACUGAAUUCAAUGAACCUUCUGCUGUACAUGGCGCCAGUAGCUGUAGUGAUAUUGCUUCCAGCAACAUUGUUCAUGGAAGACAAUGUGGUUGGGAUCACAAUAGCACUUGCAAGAAAAGAUGUCAACAUUGUGUGGUAUCUUCUUUUCAACUCUGCGAUGGCAUAUUGUGUAAAUUUGACCAAUUUCUUGGUUACUAAGCACACAAGCGCAUUAACUCUCCAGGUGUUGGGAAAUGCGAAAGGAGCAGUGGCUGUUGUGGUGUCAAUUUUGAUAUUCAAGAAUCCGGUGUCGGUAACAGGGAUGCUUGGAUACUUGCUCACGGUCUUGGGAGUGAUUCUGUACAGUGAAGCCAAAAAGAGGACCAAAUAAAAUCUUCUUCUUUCUUCUUUUUCUCGACUCUGGAUUCUGGACUGUACACUCCUGGCUGUGCGAGGAUUGUACAGUCCAGACCAAAUUUUAGCUUAUUCUUUUUGGGAGGACAAAGAAAAGCAAAAACAAAAACAAAAACAAAAACCAACUUUUAGUAAUGAUUCAUCGUUCAUGUAUUUUCCAUGAUUUUUGGGUUUGGACUGAUGAAAAACAAACACAAUCAUGUUUUCCAUUUGUAUCUUGUGAUGUGAUUAUGAUGAUUAUACAUACAUACGGUGCUUGAGUUGUAUAAAUACUUUACCAUAUCAACCAACAUAAAUGCUUCAACUUUA